CUCCAAAACUAUGAGCGUGUUGUCUUGUUGCUAAAGGCCCGAAAAUCCCUGCUUAGAUCCAGCAAGAGAAAGGACCUCGAUUUCAUUUUAUCUCUUUAACUUCCUGCGAAUCAUAAAGUCGAAACACCUCUUCCGGAACCAACGGCUAAAGCUUUUUAGCAAGAGCUGAUGAUCUCUUCCGUCCAACCUAUCUCCAUUCUCGUUUUCUGCGCACUCUUCCUCUCCCGUACGGUUGUAGGAAAGUACCAAGAAAAUGAUCCUGUCAUAUUAUGGGUAAACAAGGUUGGGCCAUAUAAUAAUCCACAAGAGACAUACAACUACUAUAGCCUCCCCUUUUGUCACCCACCUGGCAAUGUUGCACACAAGUGGGGCGGCCUUGGAGAGGUCCUCGGGGGAAACGAGCUUAUUGAUAGUAAAAUUGACAUAAAGUUUAAGAGAAAUGUGGAUAGGGGUUCUGUUUGUGAACUUGAGUUGGAUCCAGCAAAGGUUAAACAGUUUAAGGAUGCAAUUGAUAAUUCAUACUGGCUUGAGUUUUUCAUGG